CGCAUAUCCUCACCGUUAUACCUCUUCGCCCAUGAAUUCUCCUCUUUAAAAUGUCUGCGGUAGACAAGAAUGAGGAAGACGUCGCCGCUGCCGCGUCGCUUUUUGGCAGCGCAGAUUCCGUAAUCGACCCAUUCUUUUCCCACGUUGGGAGCCCGAAGGAAUCACCGUCACAGUCUGCACAGCACGAUGCGGUUGCUGAACUCUUUGGAACCACGGCUAGUCAUCAAGGCGCCUCCAACGAUCCCUUUUUGCAACAUGGUGAACCUGUUCGCCUGCAUGAGACUGCCACGAAUUCGGACAUUGCUGGGUUCUGUGGCACCACUUAUGGACCUACCGCGGAAGUUCAGGAGACUGAGCACCACCAUGACAGUGAGGCGAGCAACAAUUGGGAGCAGCAAGGAUAUUGGGAUGAGCAUGGGAAUUGGAUUUGGUACGACAUGAUUGAUCAAGGAGCAGAAGGCACAGAGUGGACAAAUACACAAACUAAUGGCAUGUCGGGGGAUCCCAUACAACACGACUACAGUUCAUAUGGUACUGUCUCCGAAACUGCACCCGGCCCUUACUCUCCCCAAAUCGCUGUUCCUUUACCUCCCACCUUCGUCGAAGUCGAUCAAGGCGAGGUUCAACAGGAGCAGUCUCAUGCGUAUUCCGCGUAUGCGCCAUUGUCAAUGUACAACCCGUACGCUCCCGCACAACCAGCAGCACCUCCUGUCGCGCAGUAUGCCCCUCCGCAACCCGCAUAUGCGCCAGCAGCACAAUCACAACAAGCAUUUGCAUCUCCAUACGUGCCUUCUGCUUCGACUCUCGCACCGACUACAGGUACAACUGGCCAUCGACAACCCCAGUCGGAGAUCUAUGCCACAACAUCUUCAACAGAUGCGUACGAUCCCUACAAACCAGCCGACAAUCCUAAAGUGCCGCCAGGUUCUGCAAAACCCACGGUUAGGCAUGUGCGAUCGAGCAGUUCAUAUGGAUAUGGUGUAUAUGAUCAGCCAGCCCCACCAGCCAAGGUCACCCCGGAGAAGAAGACUGCGGCGGUUCAUUCGACGAUGACUGACAAGCAAACACCGAAUGCAUAUGACCCACCUCUACCUCCUAGCCGAUUUGUCCCACGGCAUCGGCAGGGCGAUGGACUGACCUCGCCGACAAGCUCAUACGGUAUGAGAAGUCCAGACCUCUAUUCUGCAGCCUCUAUGGCCAUGUCCGCGCCACCGCCUCCUGGACCUCCGCCGGGACCUCCCCCUGGCCCACCGCGCGGGCCUUCGCGCGGGUCUUCACGCGGCCUGCCUUCAGGAUUCUCCCCUCCUCCCCAUGGACCGCCACCGGUUGGCCAGGUGCUGAGAUCUCCUGGUCCACCGGGGCCUCCGCCGCCGCCGCCUGGUCCUCCACCUUCUGCACACGCCUUCGGUCUACCACCUGCCCACACUGCACACCACAAGUCCGUGGCCCCUCCAGCGGCUUCUCACCAUGCCUCACCGUCCCCUGAAGGUUUUUCGUUCUACACAGAGCCGCCGCCUUUCGAGCCGGCAGCUCAUUAUGACGUCUUUGGCAUAGCGCAGCAACCACAGUCCAUGCUUUCCACGGAGCAGGAAAGCCUAAACGAGGAGGACCCCUCUGUCGAACGUUUAGAGCACCCCACACCACCUGAGGAGGACGCCAAAUCUCAUGCUUGGGAAGCCUCGAAUCCUAUUUUCGCAGCUGAGGAAGAACCGAAUUGGGGGCAUCCUGAGCCACCAUACCCAGGGGAAUCGCACCAGGCUGAGGAAGACCUGAAGCUUAGGCCGGAGCAUACGGCUGUUCUUGACUUCGGUGGUGUUCCCGGUCGAGAAGAUCUCACACCAGAAGUGGAAAUAAUGACUACACAUAGUACGAUGGCGGAAUACGAACCUGUUUCCUUGGAUGCAAGAGAACACCAUGAGCAACUCGAUCAUGCUGUGACGGUCAGUACCCAUAUCGAGCCGAGUCAGAAUUACGGUUUCGACGACAUACCUACAUUCGGCGAAGGGAGCUCUGCCAUGACAUAUGACUACGGGACGUUCGAUGCAUUCAUCUCAGAGACCUCCCUCCCGCCAAUCGAGGAAGUACCCGUGCCCGAGUCCGAGCCAGAAGAGGAGCAGAUUAACAAGACUGCCACAGAACAUUCAUAUCAGAAUUACGAACCUUAUCAACCCCAGUGGCAGUCCUAUGAGCAUGACUACAACCCGGUUAAUCAACCACCUACGGAGGCCACCCAGUCUUUCACUGAUGAACCGCUGGAUGAUGUUCCAGUAGCUCCCCAAGGAAGCCAUUUCGCACCCGCAAGCGAUAUGGUUUAUGACCCGUAUGCACCGCCCCCUCGAGUCGCUGCGCCUCCCGCGCCAGCGGGUAUUCCGUUGCCCAUGCCUGAAUUUGCUGGGCAUGAAUCUCUUCCACAAACGAAGGUCGGCGAUUUAUCUGACUAUGGAGGAGCUUAUUCAUCGCGGUUCACCUAUGACGGACUACCGCACGAUCCAUAUGCACCAGGAAUCGCAAUGUCUCAGUCUUCAUCCAUGCCCUCGGUUUAUGGGGCUGAAGGUGAUUCCUCGCAAGCUCCCUCGUUGUAUGCCCCUUCGACAUCCAGGUCGGCAGAUGAUCCGCUGGGCAGGGAGCACUCGUCGGCUCCGACAAUAUCAUUCGGACUAGGAGGAAAGUUCUUGACCUGCUUCUCAGCCCCGUCCUCAUCUAUGGGCUUGGUUAAACCCGGUGCCCGUGCUGUCUAUAUCAGAUUGUUGCAGAACGUCAUCCCUGCAUCCGCAGUGGAAUCGUCAUCGACACCUUUCCCAGGCCCAUUGCUCGCUGAUCCCUCCUCGGCCUCUUUAACCGGCGGUUUCAACAGAGGGAAUGCAUCAGCAGCAUCCAAAUCGAAGAAACCAAUCGUAACAAGAUAUCUUGAGGAUCGCGCAACUGAAAUUGAAAGCGGUUUGGCGUAUUUGGCAGCGGGACCAGAGCAUGAAGUGGCUCGGCGAUCGGCCGAAGGCAAGCUAUUGCUGGUGAAGCUGUUGAAAGUCUUAGUAGACAACGAUGGCAAAAUAUCCGGAAGCCCUGUCAUCGAUAACGCCGUUCGAGCUGUGCUGGUCCCUGAUACUGGUGAUGCACCUGUCCCGAUGCCAGAAUCGAACAACCUCGUCGCCCCCUCCGUGUUUAGUAGGAGCUUUGGUGUAGGCAAGUCACCAGUACCGCCGCCUCCCUCAGAUGGUCUGAUGAGCCCCUUCAUGGGCUCCUCCGCGCAAAUGACGUCCGAAGAGCCUCUUAUGAUCUACAGUGUUCGGCCAUCAGCAUUAGAACGGCUGCGGCUUUUACUUCUUCGAGGACAACGGCGCGAAGCGGUGCAUUAUGCGUUGGACGAGAAGAUGUGGGCACAUGCUCUCGUAAUAUCAAGCAGUAUCGACAAGGGGGCAUGGAAAGAAGCAGUAGGCGAGUUCCUCCGCUAUGAGCUCGCGUCUCCAUUGGACAGGGCGGGUGGUCAUGAGAGUCUCAGGAUUGCCUAUAGCCUUUUCGCUGGGAAUGGAGCAGCUGCUGUCCAAGAGCUGCUUCCGCCAAAGUCUCUGAUGAAAAACUCUGGGUUGCAUGGCAUGCUCUCACCUGCAGUUCCCCCAGUGCACCACAUAACGCCCAUGUCACCAAACUUCCCGCAGCCAGAGUUAGCGUCAAAUAUACCCAUCCGGUCCCUCGAGAAGUGGCGAGAAGCUGCAGCCACCAUCCUUUCUAAUGCUUCAGCGGGAAGUUCGGCUGCGUUGACUCAGCUCGGCGACUACCUGAUCAUGAACAACUGGAUCGAGGCGGCACAUGCCUGCUACCUCCUUUCGCCGCAAACGUCACCGUUUGGUGCAGCAGGUGCUCCUUCAGUUAGAAUGGUGCUCAUUGGCAUAAGCAAUCCCAAUAAGGUACCCAAUUUUCAUUGCGACAUGGAUACCAUCCGUUUGUCCGAGGUUGUGGAAUUCGCCUAUUCAUUAGCGCUGACCACGAAGGGACAAGACUCUUUCAUCGGUCUCCCUCAUCUUCAGCCGUACCGCCUUCUGCAUGCUAUCAACCUCGCAGAGAUGGGACAUACGAACCUGGCGAUCCGAUAUGUUGACUCCAUCCAGCAAACGAUCAAGCUAAGCGGAGGCAGAGCCAACCAGCUCUACGCGCAAUCGCUUCUUGUCAAGAUGAAGGACAUUCAGGAUCGACUGACCCAGGCCCCUCAAGAAGCUGUUGGCUUCUGGGCAAAUAAAGUGCCCAAGCCAACUCUCGAUGGGUUUGGAUCUUGGGUGGGUACAAACAUAAGCAAGUUCAUUGCAGGGGAAGGGGAGGUACAAGGACAGGUCGAGGUGCAAGAAAACUCGGAUACUACCACGCAAGGCCCCGUCGGACCUUUUUCGCACUACAGCGCUAUUUCUUCUGCGGCCCCAUCGACCGAUCCCUCUCCACAUGGUUCAAGCACCAAUCUCGCGGGCCAGUCCAUCACCCCACCAGCGCGAAGGACUGGCUCUGCCAUGAGCAUGCGCUAUAGUGCGCCGCAACCGUUCGCAACCCCCAUCGACCGAGCGGCUUCCGCCAUGGAUCGGCCUCGGCCUCGCGCAGUGUCGCCGCCAAGGAUGUUUUCUGCGGACGCGACGAUGUCUACAUUCCAACAAACUGGCGACAAUGGAAUCUCCACUUUUGUUCCGCAAGCACCAGCGGAAUCGGAAUCUCAAGGUGGUGGGUGGUGGAAUGCCAGUGGGAUGGACGAGAGAACACCCACAAUGGACACCUAUCAACCAGCUUCGGCCUUGGCUACUGAGUCAGGGGAGUUCAUCUCCCUGAUGGAUGAUAUCAUGCCUGUUCCGAUGGUCUCCCAGCAGCCGAAGCAAUCGCAAAAUGCGACCUCGCUCGAUGAUGAGGACGAUGAUCUUGGAUUUGGCAACUCACGUCCAAAACCCAUGCCUGUUGAGGAUGAUGCUGCGAAAGAGAAGAAGGAGGAGCAAAAGCCCACCUCACCUGGAGAAAAGAAGCCUGCUGCUAAAUCAUCUGGCUGGUUCUCUGGCUGGUUUGGAGCCAAAAAGGACGAAGAUCUUCACAGCCCGCCUGUCAAGGCUAAUCUGGGAGAUCAAAAUACGUUCUAUUACGACAAAGAGCUGAAGCGGUGGGUCAACAAAUCUGCUGGAUCGGGCGCCGAGCCUCCCAAGCCUGCAACGCCUCCACCGCGCGCUCAGACAGUGUCUCCCGGUGGUGCCCGUAGUCCGCGUCUAAGCUCUGAGUUUGGUAGGAGUUCUCUGCCGUCGUCGCCAAUGGCGAAUGGUACAGCUCGACACCCACCACCUGGAGCCGCUGGGGGCCCGCCACGUGCAAUGUCGGCUGUACCUCCACGCAUGCGUUCCGGUCUCGCCGAGUCCUUCACUGCUGCUUCAGACGAUGGUUCUUCUCUGACUCCCACAGCGACUACACCGACUGCGACGCCUCCCCCUUCGAGUGGAACCCCGUCAGUCGGCGGACCACCUUCCCGCCCACAGUCCCGCGCCAUGGGAGGGAAGAAGAAUAUACGGAACCGGUAUGUAGAUGUGUUCAAGGAUCAGCAAUAACUGCGCUGCCCCAUAUGCGCGCGCUUCGUUUCUUCUAUGGUCUGGUAAAAGACACUGUAAUAUAGACUCCCAUAUGGUCAGGUAGAUCCCAGCUCCAAGGAUAUAAUUU